AUGUCGAAUAAAAAGGAAGAAGGAGGACAUUCGUCUUUUGUUUAUAUUUUAGCAUGUUUUGCUACUACAGGAGGGUUAUUAUUUGGUUAUGAUACUGGAAUUGUUUCAGGCUCCAUUUUACUUAUAGAAAGAAAAGACAACUUUGAUUUAAAUACGGUAUGGAAAGAGACUAUAGUCAGUGCCACUAUAGGCGCUGCCGCUGUUGCAGCACUGUUCGCGGGAUUUUUGACAGAUUUCUUAGGCAGAAAAAAGACAAUUAUGAUUGCUAGUGUUGUGUUUGUGAUCGGGGCUAUUAUGAUGGGAGCAGCGCCAGAUAAAUAUGUGUUAUUAGGGGGCAGAAUUAUUGUUGGCAUUGGAAUUGGAUUUGCCUCCAUGACAGUACCAGUGUAUGUAGCCGAAGCAGCCCCUGCUGAUAUUCGGGGACGUCUAGUGACAUUAAAUCAGUUAUUUAUCACUAUUGGUAUUGUUAUUUCAAGUUUAGUAGCUGGCAUAUUUAGUGACAUGAAACAUACUGGAUGGAGGUACAUGUUAGGUUUGGCUGCUAUUCCUGGCGUUAUACAGUUUAUUGGAUUCCUAUUCAUGCCUGAAAGUCCCCGAUGGUUGGCAGCACAUGGUAAAAUUGAUCAGGCGAGAGAAGUUCUAAGAAAGAUUAACGGUAAACAAGAUGUGGAAGAGGAUAUAGAAGAUAUGAAAAGUGCUAUGGCUAAAAAUGCGCAAGAAAACACUGGAGGCUUUGUGCUUGGCAGAAUAUUAAAAACCCCACACAUCAGAAGAGCAUUAUUUGCUGGCUGUGGUUUACAAUUCUUUCAGCAGUUGUGUGGGAUUAAUACUGUCAUUUAUUACAGUGCUUCUAUAUUGAAACUAGCGGGAUUUCCAGUAAAAUAUGCCAUUUGGUUAGUCAUGGUGCCCAAUACUAUCAAUUUUCUGUCAACAUUUAUUGGUUUGUGGUUGGUGGAGCGGUUAGGAAGAAGAUUUCUUACAAUUAUUAGUUUGAUAGGAGUGGCUAUAGCGUUGGCGGUUUUAGCCAUUGGUUUUCAACUAUCCUCUGUGUAUUCUCCAGCGCUCAACAAGAAUGUAACAGAAUAUUAUCCUAAUAAUACUGUACUAAAUGACGAAUGUACCAACAACACUUACACAACAUGUGAACAAUGUAUAGAAAACAAAGUUUGUGGUUUUUGUUAUGAUGAAUUAUCAACAGCUUCAUGUAUUUAUGCUCAAGAUGAAGAAUUUUCAGAGUAUGGUCGAUGUAGUAAAAUGGGAAAUACAACUGAUUUAGCAGAUGGUUUUCAAUGGUCACAAGGCUACUGUCCAACUGAUUAUACAUGGAUGGCAGUCUUGGGGUUAGGUCUUUUUGUUUUUGCAUUUGCUCCAGGAUUAGGUCCUAUGCCCUGGACUAUAAAUUCUGAAAUAUAUCCGUUAUGGGCCAGAAGUACCAGUACCUCCAUAGCCACAGCAGUCAAUUGGAUUCUAAAUUUGAUAAUAUCAUUUACAUUUCUAACAUUAACAGAGACUAUUACAAACUAUGGUACAUUUUGGUUAUAUGGUGGAUUUUGUUUGCUGGGGGUCGUUUUUGUUGCCAUAUUCGUACCAGAAACAAAGAACCUUUCAUUAGAAGAGGUAGAACGGUUAUUUAUGACAAAAAAGGAGAGAGAAAGAACUGCAACUUCAAAUGAUAUCGGUAAUGGACAUUUUGGUGAAUUAAGUAUAUCACAGGCUGAUAAUGUUAACGGUUCAAGUCCUAGUACCAUCUACAUUAUUGAUCCAAAGAAUACCUCAGCAGAAAUUGAAGCACCGAAUACAAAACUUUAAUCUCACAAUUUUAUAAACCUCAUCCUGUCCAUUUUCAUAAGUGUAGUUAUCUAAUACAAUUAUUGUUCAA